UCAAAAUCAAUCCCGUCUAAAAAAUCUAAAUUACGAACUCAAAAAAAUCUUGUUUUAUUUCGCACUACAUUUUAUCAAAUAUUAUGUAAUCAUAAUCCAAACAUAAUUGCUUCGGAUAAUGACUUUGUAGAAUAUCUAGCUGAGCAAGUUUGGGAUCUGGAUAUCUUAUCACUAAUUCUUGCAGAUACUACCAUUGAAACAACUAAAUCUGACAAAUCUUUAUCAGAAAAAGAAAUUGUUGAAAAAGUUUGUGAGGUCGUAAAUGAUGAUUUUUUAACAUUUGAAGUUUGUCAAAAUAAACAAGAAUGUUUAGAAAUUUGUCAGUCCUUAGUGACUAGAUUGAAAUCUAUUUUCAAUCCUACAUCUGUUGUUACACUGCGUAUGCCACUUACAUUUCAUCAUUUGAUUCCUCGUAAGGUGCAUAAAAAAGUAAUAAAAAAAGGUCUAUUUACUAAAGAAGAAUGUUUGACAAGGGGUACAAAUAUUUGUAGACCUUGUCACAGUGCUUGUCAUAAAAUGAUUUCUCACGAACAAAUGGCCUAUGAAUACAAUACUGCGGAGAAAUUAUUAGAACAUGAAGGCGUAAUAAAAUUUGUUACAUGGGCAUCGAAACAAAAAGAGUAUGCGGAGGGUCACGUAAUUAGAGGAAUGAAAUAUCCGAAAUAA